AUGAAGGCCCUGGGCGCAGUAGGGGCUGCCCGGGUCUUUGUCGCCCUGGUAGCUGCAGCUCUUUGCAGCCACCCUCUGCUCGGAGUGAGCGCCACCUUGAACUCCGUUCUCAAUUCCAAUGCCAUCAAGAACCUGCCCCCACCGCUGGGCGGCGCUGCUGGGCACCCAGGCUCACCAGUCAGCGUGGCUCCCGGAAUUCUGUAUGAUGGAGGCAACAAGUACCAGACCAUUGACAACUACCAGCCGUACCCAUGCGCAGAGGAUGAGGAGUGCAGCACUGAUGAGUACUGCGCGAGUCCCACCCGCGGAGGGGGCACCGGUGCGCAGAUCUGCCUCGCCUGCAGAAAGCGCCGAAAACGCUGCAUGCGUCACGCUAUGUGCUGCCCAGGCAAUUACUGCAAAAACGGAAUAUGUAUGCCUUCAGAUCACAGUCAUUUCCAUCGAGGGGAAAUCGAGGAAACUGUGAUUGAAAGCUUUGGUAAUGAUCACAGCACCCUGGAUGGGUACUCCAGAAGAACUACACUGUCUUCAAAAAUUUAUCAUACCAAAGGACAAGAAGGUUCUGUCUGUCUGCGAUCAUCAGAUUGUGCUACAGGCUUGUGCUGUGCUAGACACUUCUGGUCUAAAAUCUGUAAACCUGUCCUCAAAGAGGGUCAAGUGUGCACCAAGCACAGGAGAAAAGGCUCUCACGGGCUGGAGAUAUUCCAGCGUUGUUACUGCGGAGAAGGUCUGUCUUGCCGGAUACAGAAAGAUCACCAUCAAGCCAGUAAUUCUUCUAGGCUUCACACCUGUCAGAGACACUAAGCCAGCUGUCCAAACACAGUGGACUCCUUUAUAUAAUAUAUGCUUUGAGAACCUUAUAUGAAUUUU